GUUGCAGAGGCGGAGGAUGGUGUCAAGAUCGAGGCUGUACACAUCGGAGGGUUACGAUAAUUCUUAUAAUAUCAUUUCUGUUGUUGGACGAGGUGCAUUCGGUGUCGUUCUCAAAGCAACUCAUUUUCAAAGUCAUGAAGAAGUGGCUAUUAAACGAAUACCGCUGAAACGAAAUAGUCGGAAUGAAAUUGCACUAAUUCGAGAAGUGUUCGCUCUUCGAAAUGCAUACCACAAAAAUGUUGUGCGAUUAUUCGAUGUGAUGCUGAAUACGGAUACGGUUUCCCUUGUGAUGGAGUAUGUUGAAUCCAGUUUGAAAUUAGCAAUUCAGGAUUUCAAUCGUCCAUUAAAUGACGAAAUCCCUCGGUAUUAUAUGUACCAACUAUUUAUCGGUCUGGAUUAUCUGCAUAGCCUAAAUAUCAUGCAUCGGGAUUUAAAGCCGGACAAUGUAUUAAUUACAUCGACAGGACUACUAAAAAUUACGGAUUUCGGACAAUGUUGUAUUUAUGUGUCGGAUGAUCCCAACCGAAAUUACGACUGCCAGGUAGCAUCAAGAUGGUAUCGGGCACCAGAAUUAUUGUUCGGUUCGACAGCUUAUAAUCCUAAAGUUGACGAAUGGGCUUGUGGCUGUAUAUUUGCUGAAUUUUAUAAUGGUGCACCACUCUUCGCGGGCAAAAAUGAUAUCGAACAAAUCGGAAAAUUGAUAUCGGUGCUUGGCUCACCUUGUGAAAGAAACUGGAAAGGUUGGGAUAUUAUGCCGGGUUGUAGUAAAAUUAUUUUUGAGGAUAAUAAACCAGUGAACAACUGGAAAUCAAUAGUGCCAUUAGCUUCCGAAACAUGUCUUUCAUUAUUGCGGAAGCUCAUCGUUUACUCAGCUGAGGAACGUUAUUCAGCAGAAGUAGCUCUGCAGCACGAAUUUUUUAUUGUUGAUAUACCGAAACAAGCACCAUAUGUGCCACCUCCAACGACUUUUAAAAUUUCACAACAGACGGAUUCUAUUGAGCUUGAUUUGGAGGCUAGUUUAGCGCAAUACUGUGUAAAUUAGCUGAAUGUUUAUUAGUGACAUGAGGAAAAGACAACGAUGUAAAAUUCUUCUCUCUUUCGUUCCCCACUAAAUAAU